CCCAGAAUUUCCCCAGUCCCGUCAACAACAUCCGUCAUCUCCUUCCACGGCUCUCUUUUCAGUGUGUUCGAUCAACGAUGGCUGUUGGGAAAAAUAAGGGACUGUCCAAAGGUGGCAAAAAGGGAGUCAAGAAGAAGGUCGUUGAUCCCUUCACCCGCAAAGACUGGUACGAUGUGAAGGCUCCCUCAAUGUUCGCCACCAGGCAGGUGGGAAAGACCCUCGUCAACCGUACCCAGGGUACCAAAAUCGCCUCUGAAGGCCUCAAAUACAGAGUAUUUGAAGUGUCUCUGGCUGAUUUGCAGAGCGACAAGGACGCCGAAAGGUCCUUCAGGAAGUUCAGGCUCAUCGCUGAAGAUGUUCAAGGCAGAAAUGUCCUGACCAACUUCCACGGCAUGGAUCUGACUACCGACAAACUCAGAUCUAUGGUCAAGAAAUGGCAGACCUUGAUUGAAGCUUCUGCUGACGUCAAGACCUCUGACGGUUAUUUGUUGAGGGUUUUCUGCAUUGGUUUCACCAACAAGGACCAAUUGUCGCAGAGGAAGACCUGCUAUGCACAACACACCCAAGUCCGUGCUAUCCGCAAGAAGAUGGUCGAACUGAUCACCAGGGACAUCGCCGGAUCCGACUUGAAAGAGGUGGUGAACAAACUGUUGCCCGACAGUAUUGCCAAGGACAUCGAGAAGGCGUGCCAGGGCAUCUACCCCCUGCACGACGUGUACAUUCGCAAAGUGAAGGUACUGAAGAAGCCACGCUUUGAACUCUCCAAGCUGUUGGAGUUGCACGGUGACGGCGGCAAAGGUGGAGACGUGUCCGGAGAGGGCGGUUCCAACGUGGACAAGCCAGAGGGCUACGAACCACCAGUGCAAGAGUCCGUCUGAGUUUUUAUAAUUAACUGAUGAUUAUAUGUAAAAAAAUGGAAAAACAAUAAAUACGUGGUGUAUUUAUGAACA